AUGUUACAACUGUAUCACUCCGUGUGCCAGACGGACCCAGCCAUCAUAGCUCCCCAAGACGCCACCCUCCACAUUGGUGCUUCAUUCAUAGCCAACUGUUCCGUUACGCCCAAUUCAGGCCUGAAGGCCGAGGACCUUUACUGGACCCUGAAUGGCCGAAAGCUCCCAGCUGAGACCUACAAGGUCCUGGGGGCCACCACCCUGAGCGUCACCCUCUCCCAGAUGAAUGGAUCGCGGCAGCAGUCAGGAGAUAAUCUGGUGUGCCACAGCAAGGAAGGCGGAAGCAUCUUGGCUGGGUCGUGUCUCUAUGUAGGACUGCCUCCCGAAAAGCCAACCAACAUUUCUUGCUGGUCCAAGAAUUUGAAAGACCUCACCUGCAGAUGGAUACCUGGGUCGGAGGGCGAGACACACCUGCAUACCAAUUAUACCCUGAAAUAUAAGCUGAGAUGGUAUGGCCGUGACAAUAUCUGCCAAGAGUAUCACACUGCUGGCCCAUAUUCCUGCCACAUCCCCAAGGACCUAGCCCUGUUCACACCUUACGAAAUUUGGGUAGAAGCGUCCAAUCGACUUGGGAUGGCUGUGUCUGAGGUGGUGAUGCUGGACAUCGUGGAUGUCGUCACAACCGAUCCACCUUCGGAUGUCCACGUGAGCCGAGUGGGAGACCUGGAGGACCAACUCAGUGUGAGGUGGAGUGCGCCUCCUGCCCUGAAGGAUUUUCUCUUCCAAGCCAAGUAUCAGAUCCAGUACCGAGUUGAGGACAGUUCAGAAUGGAAGGUUGUCGACAAUGUUAGCAACCAGACUUCGUGUCGGCUGGCAGGCUUAAGACCCGGGACGGUGUAUUUUGUCCAGGUCCGCUGCAAUCCGGUCGGUAUCUAUGGCUCAAAGAAAGCCGGCAUUUGGAGUGAUUGGAGCAACCCAACAGCAGCCUCCACACCUCGGAAUGGACGGACACCGGGAGUUUGUGAACCCAAGAAUGGAGAACAUAACAACACGCUACGCCGAGAGCUCAAGCAGUUCUUUGGAUGGAUGCGCAAACAUGGAACCUGUGCCAAUUUGAGCAUCAAAAUGUAUGAUCAGUGGCGGGUGGCACUGCAGAAGUCCCACAAAACACGGAACCAGGUCCUAUCCAGUGACAAAUUGUAGCUUGGAUGGAUGGUGGAACUGGGUGUUUCACUUAAGAGCCAACCCGGUUGUUGGAUUCAGGCCUGCCGAGGAUACACACAAAGGAAAUCAAGAGCAGCCGUAAUCCAGGUGCCUUGAGCGGCAUUGCCAAGAUUGUAUCACCACCACUAACACCCUUUCUGCAAACUAGCUAGAAGCUGGGCAGAGGGCAGUCCACGCCUCUUCCUCCAGAGUAACUCUAAAUCAGCUUCUCGCAUACGACGUUCUUCAGCCAAGUUGGAUUUUUGAGUUUUCUAAUUAUUAUAUAAAGGCGUUCCCCUUAGCUGAAGGACAUUUUGCUGGGAAAAGACCUCUCCGUGCCAGUUUUCGUUUUUACAGUGCCAAGAUAAAAAUUUGUAAUCCACCCAGGUUUUCCCUCUAAGCAGGCCCUAAAGAGGUUCCGUUGCUUCAGGAGAGCCGUUUUCUUCUUAUAUUCCUCAGUUAUGAAAUUGGAAUCGGCAGCUGAUUGAAAAGCGGAAACGGCUAAAGAAACGAGCUGUGUCAUCAGGAAAAAAAAGAAACAGGUUUACAUUUAACCUCCAAAUUCUAAAAAGAAGAAUGGAAAAAUUGGUUGUGAAAUUUCACAGGGUUUUUUUUGUUGUUGUCGGUGUGCUCUGUUGUCAAAAAUAUUAAGUGUUCAAUACCUACUUUAUGUCCGAAGCAACAGGUUUUUUUUUACCUCUGCAAAUCUGGGAGGUUUUGCACCCAGAGCCGAAGCCAUCUUUUGAACUGACGUCACCUGCCUCUCCUUUUUAAUUGGGCCAAACCAGCAUCUUUGUUUCCAACAGCAUUAAAGGCAAAAAGUUGGGGACAAAGACCACAAUCUCAUUAUUUGUUGCGUUCUACAAUUAUUCAAAAGUAACAUGCCACUGAUCUUGGACAGGCCAUUUAGCUCACCUCAGAAAGGGAACUAUGGCGUCUCUCAUUUUUAUGGCAUUUAGAAAAAAAAAACUAGCCACCCUAAUUUCCCUCACUGUUUACAAAUGCUGCCAUUUUCAACCAACAUGGCCCUGUGGCGGAGGAUGGAGUUUGUAUAGGUAGUC